GGGGGGGCGGCGGGCAUGUGGGACCGGCUGCGGGGCAGUCGGGCGGCGGGCGGCGGCCGGAGCGCGGCCGCGAUGGCGCAGCGCGGCGAGAAGGGGCCGGCGGCGGCGGGCGAGGGCGAGCCGCGGGCCGGGGCCGGCGCCGGGGCCGGGGCCGAGCGGGGGCCGAGCGGGGCCGCCGCGCCCUUCCAGCCCCCCGAGGGCGGCUUCGGCUGGGUGGUGGUCUUCGCCGCCGCCUGGUGCAACGGCUCCAUCUUCGGCAUCCACAACUCCUUCGGGAUCCUCUACAUGAUGCUGCAGAACGACCUGGGCGAGGGGGAGAAGGACCCCGCGCUGGAGUUCAAAACAGCAUGGGUCGGCUCCUUGGCCAUGGGCAUGAUUUUUUUCUGCUCUCCCAUCGUCAGCAUCUUCACCGACCGGAUCGGCUGCAGGACCACGGCAGCCUCGGGAGCUGCCAUCGCCUUCAUUGGACUUCUCUCCAGCUCCUUCACCAAGUCUCUGGAAGUUCGUUAUUUCACGUACGGGAUCCUCUUUGGCUGCGGCAGCUCCUUUGCCUUCCAGCCCUCGCUGGUCAUCCUUGGUCACUACUUCAAGCGCCGCCUUGGCUUGGCCAACGGCAUCGUGGCCGGUGGCAGCUGCCUCAUCUCCGUGCCGCUCCCCUUCUUCCUGAAGAUGGUUGGGAAGGCCAUUGGGCUGGCGCACACUUUCCAAGUACUCAGUGCCUUAAUGCUCAUCCAGAUAUUCUUGUCCCUGACCUAUCGGCCCAUCCUGCCGCCUUCUUGUGACUCUCAGCACGAUGGGCAGGACAAGCUGGGCAGCCGGAGCGUGCGGCAGCAGUGCUGGUCCCAGACACGCAAGUACUUUAACUUGAGGGUUUUCCGGAGAAAGACCUAUCGGAUUUGGGCCUUUGGGAUUGCUACUGCUGUGCUGGGAUAUCUCGUACCUUACAUGAACCUGGUGAAAUACGUGGAGAAGCGAUUUCAAGAAACCAAGAAGGACUGGAUCCUCCUGGUUUGCCUCGGGGCCAUGUCAGGGCUGGGGCGCUUGGUUUCAGGCCGUAUUGGUGACUGCAUUCCCGGGCUGAAGAAGAUUUACCUGCAGGUUGCAUCCUUCAUGCUGUUGGGCAUCCUGUGCAUGAUGAUCCCCCAGUGCCAAGGGUUUGAGGGCGUCAUUGUCAUCUGCCUCUUCCUCGGCCUUUGUGAUGGCUUCUUCACCACCAUCAUGGCCCCCAUUGCCUUCGAGCUGGUGGGGCCCAUGCAGGCAUCCCAGGCCAUAGGGUACCUCAUGGGGCUGAUGGCUGUGCCCAUGACCGCGGGUACGCCGAUAGCAGGAUACCUCAAUGAUUAUUUUGGGAAUUACGACGCGGCCUUUUAUUUUGCCGGAGUCCCCCCCAUCAUCGGUGGCUUGGUGCUCUCCGUUGUCCCGCUGGUCCAUCAGAGGAUGCUGAAGAAGCAGCGCCUGGAUUCUGGCAAAGACAAGAUGCUGGUCUCGGAGGCAGUGGUGAAUGGGGAGCUGCUGCCCGGCUGCCCUGCCUCCGAGGCACACAUGUGACGCCUCCCAAGCACACGUGUGACGCCUCCAAAGCACACAUGUGAUGCCGCUCGCCACACUGUCGCCACCAGCAGCCUCUCCAUAGCCCAAGCACAGGCCCUUUUCUAGAUGGACCAUGAUUCUAAAUGAUCGCAGAUGCACUAUGUUUGUAAAGGAAAAAAACAAACAACAAAAAGUUCUUCUAGUUAAAGGCUUUUAACUAGCAGAAACGCUCUUUUUCAGGACAGUUUUGAUUUCAAAGCCACCUUUUUUUUUUCCUCUAACCCAUUUUUCUAAGGAGAACUCUCACCAGGAUUCAAACUUGAUCGAUCUCCUGCUCCUCUCCCCAGUUUUCUAUACAUCACGACAGAGGUUUACAGCUAAUUAAUGCCUUUCUGAAGCAGGUGGAGCUUGUUGCACCUUGCAGCUGUCGGUCCUUCUCCUCCGGUGUCAUGUCCAAGCCAGGCAGCCACCUUCCCGUCCAGCACCAGAGGCUGUUUGGGAGCCAGCAGCUCUGAAGGAGGAAACACUGCUUUAGUCCGAUGCACAAACCAAAUAAAUGGUCGGCGAGUCCCGCUUUAAUCUUCUCUCCUCUUUUUCUGCUGCUCUCCCACACACCCAGGGAGCUGCAGCUGGGACGAUGGGGAGCUCAUCCAGCUCGGGGGCUGCCACCCUCAUCAGACGGAGCCACGUGGGAGCAUCCUUCUACAAAACAUGCCUUAAAAAUGCCUGGACAAGACCAGCAGGUCCCUUGGCCACUUGCUGCCUCCGUUUUUUCAUCCAGCAACUAGCGAUUGGGCUCCUGAGGUACAAAGGAGAGGGGCAGCUCCCAGCGCAGCCCACGGCGGCUGGCUCUGCAAGGUGAAAACCGUGGCCAAGCCGAUGAGUCGGGCGUUUGGGAGGCAUCAGGGCACGCAGCGCUGGGACAGAGCCCCACGUGGCAUCGUUCUCUCCGUGCUGGGCAGUGGCUUCGCUGCUGGGCGUAGGGGCACCUGCAGGUGCAGGGAUGCAGCUGGCUCAGGGCACAGGGUGUCACCGCUCUUUUGCGGGGCCAGUUGUGUAUUAUGCAGCAAUAACCACGAGUCAGUAUUGGCGGGGGAAGCCCAGCGUUUCCAGAAGGUUUAAAAGCCCCGGCAGUGUUUAACUUGUAGCUUGUGCAUUGCUGUGCAGGGUCAGUGCCAUCCCUGGGGGGAAAGAGCUCAAGAAAAUCACCCAGCCCGUGGGUACCCACCACACAGAGUGAAGGCAGAGCUCAGCCUUGUGUAGAAAUUAAUCAUCUCCAGGCUAAUGAGCGUGGCAUCGCUAAUGAGCAUGGCACAGAGCAAGGGAAGUCCUCCUGCCCCGGUGGGUCCCCGAACGAGGUGCCGGCUGGGACCGGGGUACCUUUUCCUGGGAGUAACAACCCAGGAGAGAGCAAGAAACAAAGCUCACAUUCAUCCUGGCUGCAAAACCAUCUUUCAUUGGGUUUUCAUUUUUAAUUCACCUACCAUUAAAAAAUGAGUAGCCUAAAGAGGGACGUGUGCCAUGGGAAUCAUCCCUUGGUCCCCAGGCAAGUGUGGGGGUUUGUAACACCGAGACAAAUCUUUGCUGUGGAAACUUGGUUUCAGUGGCGGCCCCCUCCCGCGGGCAGCAGCGGGACCGUUGUAAAUAGGCUCAGGAUCCUGCAUGCCCCUCUGGCCCUGUUUGUAAUCUGUGUUGGCUAAUGCAUUGUAAGGUCUUGUGGUCUUGUGGCCCUUCUGUCCCCGUAUGAGCCAGAAGUUUAACUGGUGUGUUGUGACGUGUCUGUUUAUGACUAUAAAAUGAGAUGUCCCGUCAUCUCUUUCUUCAAUACACUUUCCUGUGACUGUUAUUACCCUUCGUUGGCCGUAUUGCAUCAUCUGCUACGGCUCUGCUGCCCCGGGGCUCGGUUUAGGGCAUGCAUACACCCAUACAUUGUGGGGAGCCGAACCACAGAGCCCUGGCUCCAGCUGCGGUGGGAUCUGCCAGGCUUAGCCUAGGGCAGGGCAUUAAAGUGACGCUUUUCAGGUGGGAGUGUUGGCAGUGAGGCAUCUUCAAAGUCACCUGACAGCUGAAGGGAAGAAAUGUAUUGCUUCGUAACUUCUUUUGUGAGUUUUGGGGCUUUUAUUACAUCGGGGGUUCUUUAAAUCAUGUUUUUGACCUUAAUGUCCCCCGAAGGAGAGAUUAUGAGGGAUUUAAAUUCAAGAAGUAGCUUCUUCAGAGCAGCAAGAGGACCAGCAGAGCUGCCUCAAAUCCAUGUCUGGCCUGAGCGAGUGGCUGCAUGGCAGAGCCCUCUGAUGACUGCACCCAGCUUUGCACAAGACUUCGUUGCGGUAAAACCUCUCUGGCUCAUUAGGCAAUUUUUGGUUCUAAUCCCAAAUUUCUACAGAUUUCCACUUGCCUUAAAUGCUGCACCUGCCUGCAGAGGUCUUUGCCCCGGGAGGAGCCUGCAUCCAGUGCAAUGGAUAUUUAAUGCUGCAGUGGCAUCAGCCCAGCUCUGUGCCAGCCAGGAGCCAGUGCUCUUCCCAGGGGGGAUGGUGGUGCCCACAUCUGUCCCCCCUGAGUUUUGGUCUUUGCCCUCAGCUUUUAUUAUCAACUGUCUAGGAGAUUUCGAGUGACGAGGUGCAUUCAGGGCCACCCGAGUUUGGUUGAAGGAAUCCAUCCUUCAUCCUAUCCUGAUCCAAUGUCUGGUACCAGCCUCCCCAACCCACUCUCAGCAUCUUUUGUCUGGUUGAGAUCCUGCCCUUGGUCAAGACGAGGGCAGAUCCUGCUGGGGGGAAGGUGUGUUUGAGCAACAGCAAUGAAAGGUUCACCUCAUCUGCAAACACAGAUGGGAACAGGAAGGGCAAAGGUUGGAGCAGUCUGUCAACAUGAAGAGGAGUAUUUUGGGGGUUGUUUGUCAGCUAAAUGCUGCUGAUCUGUGUGUGGUUUGUCCCUUGAGUAUCAGGCAGCUUGCAAGAAUUUUUGCAGACUCGUGGCAUGGCAUGUGGGAGGUGGGAUUGUGGUGAUCUAUAAACAGGGAGAACUUGCACUGGUCUCCAAAACAUGCUUUUAGCCUGUUGUAGUCUGGUGCUAUGACACCACAUAGGUCCCUACCUGUUGUGAAAAAAAGCUUCAUCCCCAAGCCCCUCCUGCUUCUUCCCAUCAGGGUUCGCUCCUCCUGGCCCAGCACAUCCAUGUCCUCCUCUGGGCAGGCAAGGGCUGAGCAGGGGGCAGCGUUAAUGGCAAAAACUACCUUUUACUCAGAUUUCUAAUUAAAAACCCAAAAAUUCUCCCUCUGCUGCAAGUGCUGGGCUGUGAUUCCUGCCCUGCUCCCUUGCUGCGGCAGGGGAAGGUGGAGCCUGACACUCCAGGCUUGGCCAGUUUUGGGAGCCAGCGAGGGCACUGGAGUGGGUUGAGUCCCUCGGGUGGGAAGGGGGUGGAAGGGGUUGGGGAGGGCCCAGCUUUGCCCCAUGCCCGGGGUGUUUGGAGAGCUGCAGGCGUGCGCGUAGCCUUAUGUAAGUGUACAGCAAGCAGGGGACGUGUCCCAGCAGCGCCCUGCUUGGGGCUUGGCUGGGGCUGCCUCUCUAGAUCUUUAGCUUGAGGGUGUCCAAAACCAAGUUGUUGUCUUUUCUUCUUUUUUCUUUUUUUUUUUUUUUUUUUUUUUUUCCCUGCUGCAGAGUGAGGCGCUGGGUUUAACUCCUCUCGCUCUGGCUGUGGGAUGGAGCGGGACAGCCCAGCCGAGCUGGGGGGGCGGUUGUCCCAGUGACAGGAAGGCUAGCAGAGCAGCAGCUGCAGGAGCUGCCUGGGAAGUGCCAUGAUUCAUGGCUUAGAGCUUUUGUGAGUUGUGAAACCAAGCUGGAACAAUCUGCGGGAGCUGCUUCAUUGCAGCGUGCCCUGCCCUGAGGUCCUGCAGCCAGGGCAGUGCACGCUUCGAAGUCGCAUAGCUUAAAUUCAACAAAUUCCGGGCACUCGUGGAACGUUUCCCAACAUUUCCCCGCUGUGGAAGCUGUGGGAAGGCCACAACCUAAUUGCCAUCAAAGCUUGAGGGCUUCUGCAGGUGUGGUGCGGUACCGUGGGAUUUGGGGACCCCCAGUUUCAAGACAUUUUGGCUCUGCCUCCCACCACGGUGGUAGUCUGGGGCUGCCAGUUUGGCUGCGCUGGCAGUUGAGGAGCUCUGUAACCCUCCAGGCUGAGCUGCCUGGGCCAGAGGAGCCAGGACAGGGAGGUGGCCUGCAGCUGGGCAAGGACAUUCCUGCUCUCCCAUGCAUGACAGUGCCACAGGGACAUUUUACACGGCAAUAGAGGGUCUCUUUUGGCGUUGGUACGUUGGUGCUAAGAGCGAUUUGCUCUGGGCAGUCUGAUUUGGUGCUGAGGAUCACAUCUACGCUUGCUUAGAUCAUUCUGGUUCAGCAUCUCAGGAGGCUUAGGGUGGAUCUUAACCGUGGCUGACAUCUGCAUCUAUAGGUGGCCACGCCAUCCUCAGAGUAACAACCUGAAUAAAAGUGAACUUGGCCCAAAUCCUCUGGAUGCAGAGGGGGACAGACCGAACCGAGACCCUUGCCGUCCCUCCGUCCUUCACUGCAAACUGUUACCAGCUUUCACAUGCCUCUGUCCCCAACAGUUUUGUUUUGGGGGUUACCUUGGUUAUUUUAGCUUCAAUAAUUUUCGUGCUGGCAGUUUGCUUCUCCUUAUCCAGCUGGAAGCAGACAACUGGAAUGACUUUGAACGCCCCAGCUCCUUUGCCAAGGCAAGUGGGGCAGCCCCCUCCCGCUGCCAGAGCUGCUGCCUUUCUGCCACAAAAACCUGCACUCGGGCAGCUCUUUUGGGUGCUUUUGCUUAAAUCUCAGCUGCCCUUGUAACUUGUGGGGAGAAGGAUGUGACUGACCAGUGCUCCUGAAAUACUCCUCCAAUGUUCUCUGUGUAAUGCCGGGUGGGAAUGGAGCUGGCGCUGUAGAGGGGCUCCACCAGCAAGCAACGGAAUAAAGCUGUUCCCUUUCUUUUCGAGAGCCCUUGGAAGGAAAGCAGCCGUGGGGAUGGAUGGAGCUGCCAUCCCUGCGCAGCUCUGAGUGGGCUUUGCAGCUGAGCCCUGGGGGUGGCUGCAGGGGUGACCUUCCCCAUGGCCAAGGGGCGAGCAUCGCUCCGGGCGCUGUAUCAGCUUGGCACAGCAGCUCUGCAGACUUUAGUCCUGGUGACAGCGAGGUUAUUGCUGGGCUUUGGCGGGCUUAUCCUGCACAACCCCUUUUGUGGGUGUUUUGCUGUUUUAUUUUUGCAGAUGUUGCAAUGCCCUUAGUGCUCCCACCAAGGACGGAUGCUGCGAGCGGCUCUGCAUCUCCUCUCCCACCACAGCCCUGCCACCGUGGUGGCAGAACACCAGCACCGCCGACCGCAGGAGCGGGGCUGGGGUCCCUGCUCCCGGCAGGGGCAAGGCAGGAGAGGAAAGACACAGUCCCUCCCAUUUUCUGCAAAACAUGGCUUUGGAAGGAGGUUUUGUACCUCUAAAGUUUCUCCUUUUUUUGUAACAUACUUCCCAACACUCACCCUGCGUCCACCUCCAACUGGCAAGGCAAGUGUAGCUCUUAACUGUAGCAUUAGAGGCAAGACUUAUUGUCUAUUUUACUAAGGAAUGAAGCUUUUUUUUUUUCUUCUUUUUUGUACAUUUUUAAUUGUGGCGUGUAAUACAAGUUGUUUACUGGAGCAGGUUUUUGUGUAGCGUUGAUGCUCUGCUUCUAGCUGGUGAUGGCCAGAUUGCCUGAAUGCACUUGGGUUCCAUUCAAAUCAUUUUGGGAAAGAACACGACUUCUCGAGGCCUGAACUUUCCCAGCAUAUCCCAUUUCAGCCAUUUGAACCUGUUCAAGCCAGAGACAGGACUUUUCUGGGGAGGCUGAGGGCAAUUAGGAAAUUACCCCGUGCUCCCUCCCCUGCCCUGAAAUCCAGCAGGACGAAGCCAAAUAUUUGCUUUCGGAUGGGUGGAUUUUGGAGCUGAUUCCACAUAAGAGCACCGAGGUGGAGGCUUGAAUGCUGGCCGUUUCGGGUAACCCAGGAGACGGCUUUUUUUAAAGCAAGACCUCCAAGCCUGCUGCCAUCACCCCCCAGUCAGUGGAUCCCGAUGCCGGUCAGUGGAUCCCGAUGCCGUGCCUUUCCCCAGCCCUGCUGCUGUCCGGGGCUGUCCUGGGCGGCAUCAGCUCCAGCACCGAUGGAAAAAAUCCUGCCCACGGGUUUCCAGGGCAGGACGCAUUGCUUUGCCCUGCCGAUGUGCUGGUGAUGCUCACCCUCGUGGUGUCUGUACCUACUAGAAAGACUCAGCAGAAGGCUGCAAGCACCAUCAGUAGCUUUGCAACCCCAUUUUUGGUUUUUUCCCUGUGCUCCCAGCUCUGACUCAGCAGGAGCCGUGCAUGGCUCUGCACUGGGUCCUGCGAAGUGCCCGGGGCUGCUGGGCGCCCUGGGCAGACCAGCAGAGCCAGCAGCCACUCAAUUCGAUGCAAAAGUCAGACCCUGAAGUCUAAAAUUAUUCCUUUUAUUUUUUUUUUUUUUUGACAUCUGCUCCUUGUAAGCGAUUUAUAUUCCCUUAAAAUUUUGUAUCUGGAAGUAAAGUAUUUGAAUGUGUGUCUUAAAUGACUAUCCUUUCAAAAUGUGAAUUUCUGAUUGUUGGUAUACAAAAACAAAAACCUACCCCAUAUUAGCACAUUUUUGUAAUUAAUGUUUUAUGAAUGUUGUUUAAAAAAAUUGUGUAGAAUAAAACCAGUUUAAAAAGAAAAGAGGUCGGUGCUGUGUCUCACCAGGUUUCCUCUCCCCGUGGUGGGUUGUGGGCACUGGCCCCCUGGCAGCUUCCCGGCUGCUGCCAACCCUCUGCUGGGUGCCUGCCCAGGGUGUCGAAGGAAAAGGGGCCAGAGAAGUGGCAGUUUAACGUGGGAAUUAUUUGUAUCAAGUCUUUCAUAUACCUUGAGGAAAGACUUUGCCGAGGUCCUGGUGCCUGACUGGGGGGAAGAGCUUUCUGAUGCCAUGCAGAAGGGUGAGAGGAGGUAGAGGGUGGUCCUUGUCCCACUCAAGACAUUGAAAACUGAAAAUCAUAAAGAAAGAAACCCCUGAGAGCAUGCUGGUGACCAAAGUGGUGUCAGCGGUCGGGGUGAGCCCCCAGCGACCUGGACAGGUUUCCUUUCCGCUCCCCUGGGCACAGCUUUGGGGCUGGCUUUUAUCAGCCGGCAUCUUCGGGGGGCUGUGGCUCACCGGCGUCUCUGCCCCACAGGGGCUCUCACACAGGGACAGCACCAGGGCUGGGUGGGUUUUGUAAACUUACUAUUGUUAGUAUUAUUUCUUCCUUUUGGCAGCAGUUUGGGGGCACGGUGAGGCCUUCCGGGUAUUAGUGCUGGUCACGGGAGAGCUAAUCUCUUUUUGUCAAUAAGAGCAGUUAUGGGGGGGUUGAGGGCGGGAGAGAACAGGGAUGAUUAUUUGUAAGUGAGGUUAUGGUGGCUGUGAGACACUGAAAACAAGGCUUUUACCAAGGACUUUAUAUUAAUGAUUUGUUUAUGCUCCGCGCUUUAAUUGACAUUAGAUGAAAGCUGACAUAUGCAUUAGUUUUAUAUAGCUCGGGCUUUUUUUUUUCUCUAAUGUGCAUCUCAACCCUUUUUCAAGUUGAGGAUAUUUACUACAAAUAGUAUUUAAAAAAAAAAAAAAAAAAAAAACAACAAAAACCCACCAGGAGAUAAGAGAUGGUAAAUAGAGAUUCAAAGGGAAUGAGGCUACAGCAAGGGUUUCCUCUGGAGGACUUCGUGCGGUGCGUGCAGGGACAGAGCAGGAGCGGCAACGCUGCAGCCCCAUGCCGAGAGCAGAAAGCACCGUGCAGACACCUGGGGCUGCACAGCCCUUCAUUUACAGGUGUGUUUGUGCAUACGCCCGCUGGGAAUCCCCGCUCAGCCCUGCUGCUGGCUGAGCCUGGGGCACGGAGCAGCAGCCGCCCUCUGCCAGGCUGCUGGAUCCAGCCCGAAUACACGGAAAGCUGAAAAAGUGAGGGGAAAAAAAAAAGGAUUUUGGAUCAGAGAAAAACCCUGAGUUUUUUGAAUAGAAAGGCUGUAAACUAGAAAAGACCAAACCCAACAACAACAACAAAAAAUAAUGAGGUUUUCAUUACUGUAACGCAAUAGUUAAGUAUUUCUAUAUAUAGUCAUACAUUAAAAUUGAAAUACUAUGGAUUAAAACAAGCUGAUUAUAUAUGUUUACAUUUGCACUUACAAAAUGCAAAAUUCAUGCUUUAUAUAUUAAAUAUGAACCACAUGUCAACGUUUUAUAUUAGUUUGAAAGUUAUAAAUUGAAUAUGGUUUUAGAUAUGUAUAUAUGAAUGACAUAUAUGAUAUCUAUAGUUGAAUUUAGUCAUUUUUUUAAUUUAUAUAUCUACACACACAUACAUAUGUGUGCGUUGGGUGAGGCUGACCGCCUGCAAGGGUUACUGGGCGCUUGGAGGCCACGGGUGCAUGCUGUGCCCAGCCGCUCUGCCGCUCCUCUCCCCACGGCUCUGGGCUGGGCUUGUUUUUUAAAUUGUCUUCUUCUCCAUCUGUUUUCUUUUUGCAGGACUUAAGCACUAUAAUCCUUAAAAAAAAACACCAACCAGUCAACAAACCCCAUCUGCAAUUUCCUUUGAAGGACUUGAAGGACGCACGGAUGAGUGGCAGCUUUUUUUCUUCACCAUCUCCAAAUGCAAAGUUUUCCUAGA